AUGAACAAUGAUCUGUCAGGAAUUCAAAAAAUGACUUAUCUUCAAAACUUGCUAAAAGGUUCAGCUUUGUCAUCUAUUUCAGGUCUCAGUUUAUCCAAUGAAAACUACAAAAUAGCUUUAGACAUCCUUAAGGAGCAUAAUAUAGAAAUACAAAUAAGGAGCCUCGAAACUCUUAAAAUUACAAGUGAAAUGUAUGGACCAUUACUUGUUCCGAUUAUACUACAGAAAAUACCUGAAGAACUGAAAUUAAUUAUAAACAGACAACUUGAUAAAAACAGUUCAUGGGAUGUCUUAACCAUCAUUAUCAUUUUAAAAUCAGAAUUACGUGCAAGAGAACAAGUCUCAUUAAAUUUGAAUAACAGAAGUGAUCAUACAUCAAAGAAUUGUACAUCUCGUAUCAAAUGUUUUAAAUGUGGUAAUCAGCAUCAUAUAGCACUUUGUCUAGAAAAACAGAAUAGUGAAUUACAAAAAGGUGAACUAACAGCCAUUUCAAAUAUUUGUGCGCCUCUCAAUGGACAAUAUAUAAAUCUUGCUAAAGAGAAGUAUAGACACUUACACAAUUUAAGACUAGCAGAUAGUAACUUGCAAAACGGGAACUUAGAGAUUGAUGUCUUCAUUGGGGCAGAUUAUUACUGGCUAUUUAUUGAAAAUUCUAUUAUUAGGGGAAAUAAUUUUGAUCCAAUUGCCAUUAAAUCUAAGCUAGGUUAUUUAUUAAGUGGUCCUAUAAGUUUUAAUAAUAUGUUUAAGAAUAAAAAUUAUAACUGUUGUGUAAAUACAGCUCAUGUCAUGUUUGUUGAAUCAAGUUCAUCUCCCAAAUCAUUAAUUAAAGAAUCCAUGACAUCUGUAUGGGGUGUUAAAGAGAUGAAUGAGUGUAACUAUAAAGUCAUUGAUAGGUUUCGUCACACCAUUAAAUAUUAUAAUACCCUCAAACGCUAUAAUGUUAACUUGCCCUUUAAAGAAGAUCAUCCUCCACUUAGUGAUAACUUCGAUUUAUGUAUCAAGCGUUUUAAAUGUCUUCAAAAGAAAUUGAGUAAAGAUGAUUCUUUACUUAAAUUAUACAAUGACAUUUUUAAAGAACAAUUACAGAACAGCAUUAUUGAACGAGUUGUUGAUAAAAACAAAUUUGAAAUAGUGCACUACCUACCGCAACAACCAGUUCUGAGAAAUGACAAAGUUACUUCUAAAGUCAGAAAUGUCUUCGAUGCAAGCAGUUCUGUUGAUUGUCCUUCAUUGAAUGACUACAUUGAAAAAGCCUUCUUGCAGAUUACAUUAUCUCUUGAAGAUCGUGAUUACGUCCGAUUUUUGUGGUUCGAGAACAUUAACUCAGUUAAUAAAGACAAUAUAUUUACUCAAAAAAAUAUUCCAUAUAAAAUUUGCAAAGUUCUGUUUGGCGUUACAUCUUCUUCCUUUCUUCUUUCUACUACAAUCAUUAGUCACGCUGAAAAGUACCUUUCUGAUGAUCCUAUGAUUGUUAGUAAAUUAAUGAGUUCUUUACAUGUCAAUGAUCUGAACUCAGGAACUGACUCAAUUGACUCAGCCAUUAAUUUUUAUCAAAAAUGUCAAGAUCAAUUAAAAGAAGGUGGCUUUAUUCUUAGAAAAUUCGAAUCGAACUGCAAACAACUUGAAAACCUAGUUAAUGAACAAAACUUUACCUCCUUUAAUCUUACUAAAGUAUUAGACUUAGUAUGGAAUAAAAAAGAAGACAACUUAAUCUAUGAUUAUAGAAACUUGACACACAAUGAUGACUCAAUUUCAACGAAACGUAAAGUUCUUUAG